GCAGUUGCUUCCCUUGAAUUCACAGCGCCCCCCUCUCCCACUGUACCCACUACCAUCAUCUAUCUACCAAUAGUCACUUGUUUUUUUUGGGUCCCCUCCCUCCUUUCUCAACUGUACAAAAUCAAAAUCAUCCUUCCUUCUUGCCUUUCUUUCUUCAUUUCCCCCUCAAGUGGGUCGUCCUUGAUUAGGUCCCACACUCCAACUUGCCCCUCUAUCUCUCGCUCUUUCCCAGUCUUUAUCUCUCUCGAAAAGAAGAAAAAAAAAAUGAAACACCAGCAGCAGCAGCAGCAGCAAUAGCAAACUUCAACGAUCGAUUCCUCUCCAGCAAUCCAUAUCUUUUUGAUUUUCAGGUACACAAUAGAUUGAUCACUUCAUAUUUUCGUACUAGAUGUUGUUUCUGAUUAAGGUUUAAUGGAGAUGGAAAUAACUCUACUCUUCUUGUUAUUACUUCCGUAACAUUAAAUACAACCUUGAGAAGAAGGAAGGGUUCUAUAAAAGUAUGAGGAACAUUCUAAAGAAGUUGCAUAUUAUGCCUAACCAAUCAGAAGAUAGUAUUGGUUCAGUAUCAUCUAGAAAUAGUAGUAAUAGGGGUAGUAAUAAUAAUAAUAAUAAUGAUGGUUCAACAACCAGUAAGAUAUCUCCAUCUCAUCAUACCGAUCAGCAGAACAAGGCAUUUUCUGGUUUAUCUGGUUGGUUGAAUUCGGUUACUAACAGACAUAAUUCAAGUCCACCACCAUUGAAUGUUGUUGGUGGGAGAAGAGGGGAAAGUCCAAUUGAUACUUUGAGUAUUAGUGCUUUGGAUGCUGCAUUGGAAUCGGUAGGGCGUGAUUCUGAAUCGAGUAAUUCCAGAGAUCCUGAGGUGGAAGAGGAAUACCAAAUACAAAUUGCAUUGGAGUUGAGUGCAAGGGAGGAUCCAGAAGCGGUUCAGAUUGAAGCUGUUAAGCAGAUUAGUUUGGGUGCCUGCCAUCCUGAGAAUACUCCGGCUGAAGUUAUUGCUUAUAGAUAUUGGAAUUAUAACGCCCUUGGCUAUGAUGACAAGAUUAUGGAUGGUUUCUAUGACUUAUACGGAAUAUUGGCGGAGUCCACAUCUGAAAAGAUGCCUUCCCUUGUUGAUCUUCAAGGAACACCAAUGUCAGAUAUCAUCUGCUGGGAAGCAGUGCUGGUCAAUAGGGGUGCUGAUGCUAACCUGUUAAAACUUGAACAGAAGGCUCUGGUAAUGGCUGUACAAUCAAGGUCGGAAUCUUUAGGUUCCGUGGAUAGUGAAUUGGUGCAAGACCUUGCUUCUUUGGUCGCUGACUAUAUGGGUGGACCAGUUGGGGAUCCAGAUAAUAUGUUGAAAGCGUGGAAAAAUCUUAGUAAUCGUUUAAGGGCAAAUAUUGGGAGCAUGGUGCUGCCUCUUGGUUCUUUAACUAUUGGUUUGGCCCGUCACCGUGCACUUCUUUUUAAGGUUUUGGCUGAUAGUGUUGGCAUUCCUUGCUCGUUAGUGAAAGGGCGGCAAUAUACUGGUUCUCAUGAUGUGGCAAUGAAUGUCAUAAGGCUUGAUGAUGGAAGGGAAUACAUCAUUGAUCUGAUGGCUGCCCCUGGUACAUUUAUCCCAUCAGAUGCGGCAAGUCCUCAAAUAGAAUGUGAACAACCGCCCUUUCCUGUUAAUCCAUACCUUAGAGAUGUUGAUUACUCUCAAAUACCCUCUUCUAGCAGUGAAGUCACAACUUUAGGGGAAUAUUCCGAGUUUGGGAACUUGGACAAGAUGUCAAGGUCUGGUAAUGUAGUUCCCACAGAAAACGAAUUAAGUGGUACUACAGGUGAUUCAAACGAGUUAAGACAUAUAGAAGAUCUUGGAAUUGGGUCUUCACAAGAAUCUUCGCACUAUCUGAUUAAAUCCGAGGUGGAAACAAACUUGCCCGAUGAUUUUACAAAUCCAGUGAACCUUGAGAAGGCUAUUAUCGUCCAAGACCUACCCAAUCGGACCAAUUAUCCUCACAUGCAUGCCAGAUCUCCUUCCUGGACUGAAGGCGUUAGUUCCCCUGCAGCACGGAGAAUGAAAGUGAAGGAUGUUUCCCAAUACAUGAUUGAUGCUGCGAAAGAAAAUCCUCAAUUAGCUCAAAAACUUCAUGAUGUAUUACUCGAAAGUGGUGUUAUUGCACCUCCCAACUUGUUUACUGAGGUUUAUAAUGAGCACGCAAAUGCCAUGGCUGUUGAUGAGAAAAACCAAAUAGAAAAGGAUAAUGAGAGAAGGCGGAGAGAUGGUAUCCGCAGAAAGGGUCAAGGAAUUUUCUUGCCACCUCUUCCUUAUCAAGGCACACAAGCAAAAGGAACCCCUUCCAGAGUACAACUGGAACAUUUGAAGCCCAUAGAGGGUUUGGGUAUUAAUAGUCCAACAGAUUCUGAAGCAUCAGCUUCAUCAGGACAGGCAUCUCCCCCAGUGAAAUUUGCUAAACAAGUUCCAGUUGCUGCCGCUGCUGCUGCUGCAACAGCAGCUGUGGUUGCAUCAACUAUGGUUGUUGCUGCAGCAAAGUCAAGUAUGGAUUCUAAACUUGAAGAUCCUGUAGCAGCUGCGGCAACUGCUACUGCUGCUGUGUUUGUUGCAACGACUGCAGCUGUUAGUAGACAGUACGAGCAAUUGGAAAUUUGUGCCCAAUUGGCAGGUGGUGUUUCACCCUUCAACAACAUGGACUGUCUAAGAGAUGACGAGAAUGCGGAUGGUGCAGGAAAUGAAACACGAGGAAGUAGUGAUCGGGAUCAUGAUGUGUCUCCUGAAGCUGAGAGAGUUUCAGAUAGAUCUGCAGGAAAUGAUAGCACACGAUCUGAUAUUGCACUUGAUGACGUUGCAGAGUGGGAAAUACCGUGGGAGGAAAUGGCUUUGGGUGAACGUAUUGGUCUAGGAUCAUAUGGAGAAGUAUAUCGUGGAGAUUGGCAUGGAACAGAAGUUGCUGUUAAAAAGUUCCUGGACCAAGACAUUUCUGGUGAUGCGCUUGAAGAAUUCAGAAGUGAGGUCCGGAUUAUGAAAAGACUGCGCCAUCCCAAUGUUGUCCUCUUCAUGGGAGCUGUCACUCGUGCUCCAAAUCUUUCAAUCGUAACAGAAUUUCUUCCUAGAGGUAGUUUGUAUAGGUUAAUUCACCGGCCUAACAGUCAAGUAGAUGAACGGAGGCGAUUGAGAAUGGCCCUGGAUGUUGCCCGGGGAAUGAAUUAUUUGCAUAGUUGUACACCGGUUAUAGUUCAUCGUGAUUUGAAGUCACCAAAUCUUCUUGUUGAUAAAAAUUGGGUCGUGAAGGUUUGUGAUUUUGGAUUAUCGAGAAUAAAGCACAACACAUUUCUCUCUUCAAGGUCAACCGCUGGGACGGCUGAAUGGAUGGCUCCCGAAGUAUUACGAAAUGAACCUUCAGAUGAAAAGUGUGAUGUUUACAGCUUUGGCGUGAUAUUAUGGGAGCUUUGUACGAUGCAACAACCAUGGGGAGGGAUGAACCCCAUGCAAGUUGUUGGAGCCGUUGGGUUUCAGCAUCGUCGUCUUGACGUUCCAGAUGAUAUGGAUCCUGUGGUUGCGGAUAUUAUACAGAAAUGUUGGCAAACAAAUCCCAAGUUACGACCUUCAUUUGCGGAGAUCAUGGCAGCUUUGAAGCCAUUACAGAAGCCUAUUACAAAUUCUCAAGUGCCUAGACCAAGAAGCAGUGGGCAGGAGAAGGUUCGCCAUUCACAGGCCACAGAAGAAUGAGCAACUUAAAAGUAGAACCGUGAGAUUAGGAAACCCAAUCUGCACGAGGACCCAGCGGCAUACAUAUAUAGCAUUGACAGAUAAAAGAAACACACAUGACUGUCAUGAAAUCAUUUGAGCAAAUGUAAGCAAGAAAAAUGAGAUUGAUCGAAGAUCAUGAUCAACAUAUUCUUCUGGUUUGGAACCAAGCGAUCUAUCCAUUGAUUUUCAUGUCUUGUAUUUUUGGCUUGUUGUUGAAAAGGCCAUUGUGAAUAUCUGUUUGUAACAAUAUACAGGUGACAAAUUGGUUAAUCAAUUGUUCCAGUUGAUUUUC